ACGUUUUAAUCCCGGCUCAUCAUCGCUGCACCAGCUCAGUCCAGCAGAGUUAAUCCAGAGGAGAAACCCGGGAUAAAAUAACCCGCAGUGAGUUCUGACCCGGGACAGUCCACUCGUGUGUUACAGGACUUUGUUUGUUUUGCUCGGAGCGUCUCACCUGUCGAAGCCGCUCCUCGGUGCGUCGUGUCCGGACAGCAGCAGCAGAGAGCCCAGUUGAGUCCAGUUCCAGUGAAGUCCAGCCGUGACCAGCUCGUCUGCUCCAUCAUCAUCAUCAUCCUCAUUAUCAUCAUGAUGAAGAUGAAACAUCUCACAGCGCUGAUUUACCUGGUCGUCUUCACCGCCGCCAGACCACAAACAGGUUCGGAGCAGAAAUGUAAGUCUGGUCCCGUGGAUCUGGUCUUCCUCAUCGACAGCUCCCGCAGUGUCAGGCCACACGAGUUUGAGACCAUGAGGAAGUUCAUGAUCGACAUCCUCGACACUCUGGAUAUUGGACCCAACGCCACCAGAGUGGGAGUGGUUCAGUACUCCAGCCAGGUUCGCAGUGAGUUCUCUCUGAAGACGCACAGUAAACUGGAGGCCAUGGUGAAGAACAUCAACCAGAUCGUUCCCCUCGCUCAAGGAACCAUGACGGGACUCGCCAUCAAAUACGUGAUGGAUCUAGCGUUCACUGCAGAGGAAGGAGACCGACCCAAGGUCCCCAACGUGGCCGUGAUCGUGACCGACGGACGUCCUCAGGACCGCGUGGCGGAGGUGGCGGCCGACGCCAGAGAGAAAGGCAUCGAGAUCUACGCCGUGGGCGUGGCCAGGGCCGACAUGGCUUCGCUGAGGGCCAUGGCGUCCCCGCCGUUCGAAGACCACGUCUUCCUGGUGGAGUCCUUCGACCUCAUUCACCAGUUUGGACUGCAGUUCCAGGACAAGCUGUGUGGUGUGGAUCUGUGUCUGGUGUCGGAUCACGGCUGCGAUCACAUCUGCGAGAGUUCGCCCGGCUCGUACCACUGCCUCUGUCUGCCGGGGUACACUCUGAAUGACGACGGCAAAACAUGUGCAGCCGUCGACCUUUGUGCUGAGGGGAAACACAACUGUGAGCAGAUCUGCAUCAGCUCUCCAGGAUCCUUCACCUGUGACUGUAACAGAGGAUACAAGCUGAACGACGACAAGAGGACGUGCUCAAUGAUCGACUACUGUUCGUUUGGGAACCACAGUUGUGAUCACGAGUGUGUGAGUGUGCUCAACGGCUAUCACUGCCGCUGUAACCACGGAUACAGGCUGCAGGACGACGGCAAGACCUGCCGCGCCAUCGACCUGUGCGCUGAGGGGAAACAUGACUGUGAGCAGAUCUGCGUCAGUUCACCGGGCGUCUUCACCUGCGACUGCAACGAUGGACACACACUGAACGAGGACAAGAAGACAUGCACACCCAUUGACCUGUGCGCUGAGGGGAAACAUGACUGUGAGCAGAUCUGCAUCAGUGCACCGGGCGUCUUCACCUGUGACUGCAACAAAGGAUUCAAACUCAACAAAGACAAGAAGACCUGCACAAACAUGGACCUGUGUAAGACCGUGGAGCACGGCUGUGAGCACCAGUGUGUCAGCACUCCUGGAUCAUACUACUGCGUCUGUCCGGACAGUCAACCGCUGCAGGAGGACGGCAAGAGCUGCGGCGCCUGUAAAUCUGCAAACAUCGACCUGGUUCUGCUGAUCGACGGCUCCAAGAGCGUCCGCCCUCAGAACUUUGAGCUGGUCAAACAGUUUGUCAACCAGGUCGUGGACUCGCUGGACGUGUCUGCUCACGGCACCAGGGUCGGUCUGGUCCAGUACUCCAGUCGGGUCAGGACAGAGUUCCCUCUCAACAUGUACCACUCUGCUGAGGAGAUCAAAGCUGCCGUCAUGAAGGUGGACUACAUGGAGAAGGGAACCAUGACGGGUCUGGCUCUGAAACACAUGCUGGAGUACAGUUUCUCAGAGGCAGAGGGCGCCAGACCCGCCAACCGCCACAUCCCCCGCAUCGGACUGGUCUUCACAGACGGCCGGUCGCAGGACGACAUCACCGAGUACGCCAAGCAGGCCAAAGAAGCCGGUAUCACCAUGUACGCUGUGGGCGUGGGGAAAGCCGUGGAGGACGAGCUCCGUGAAAUCGCGUCAGAGCCCGUGGAGAAACAUUUCUACUACACCACCGACUUCACGGCCAUCAGCAACAUCGCAGAGAACCUCAAGCUCAACGUCUGCCCAGAGGAGAGUCAGGGGGAGAUCGAGGUGAAGGACCCGUGUGCCUGUGAGAGUCUGGUGGAGUUCCAGCAGGCGACCAUGAGCAGCCUGGAGCAGCUCACACACAAACUGGCUGGAAUGACUGCUCGUCUGGAGCAGCUGGAGAACCAGCUUCUCUCCAGGAAGUGAUGUGGAGCAGAAGACCAGAGGACGACUAACAGAGUCAGGAGGACGAGGAGGACGAGGAGGACGAGGAGGGAACUUCCUGGAAACAUCAUCUCCAGGAGAUUACAAGCCCUCUAAUCAGUGGAUAAUCCAAAGUGUCUUUUCACGAAAGCCUUUGUAGACUUUCAGCAGAGCCGUCGAUCUUCACGUUAACGAGGACGACGUUUAUGUAACAGCUCGUGAUAUUCAUUCAAUCAUAUUUCCUGUUUAGAUGUAAAAAAGACUUAAUUUGGCUUUUGAAAACAAUACCCACAAUUUUCACUCUUAUCCAAGAAAUCGUUUCACAGCAUCGAUGAAUAUUUCGGGUUUUUGAGGUUUGGUUUUAUGAGGUACUGACAGAAAUGGCUUCCAGUGGGGACGCAAGGAAAAAAGUGGACUUCAUCAAAUCUAAAUCUAGACAGACUUUUCCAACAGGAAACAGGAAGCACUCUCCCACACCAAAGUCCAGAGACAAAAUCAGUGAUUUUAACAUCACAGCACACAGACUGCUGCCUCCAUCACUAACUUUAAAUGUCUUAUUUUGUCCCUUUGGUGUAAAAUCUUUCGUUCAGAUUUAACUCUGUGACAUAAAGUGACCACACGAGGCAGCAGUAGACCGGCAAAUAUACCUGUGUCAAAUAACGUUUAACAAACUUUAUUAAGAACAAAUAGCAUGUUGUUACGUACAAAUGACAUGUUAUUAUGGACAAAUAAUGUGUUAUUAUUAUUAUUAGGAUGAAUAACAUGUGUAAGAUACUGUAGAUAUUAGAAAUAAUCUCAGCAGCAGUUUUCAUCACUGUUAAUGUCCCAAACUCACUCUGUUCAUCUGUUUGUGUCAUAUUUACAUAUUUAUACUUGAUCUGUUUUGUACGGGAUGUUGAAUAUGAUCUAUUUAUAGCAUUUAUUUUCUUCUUUUUUCUUUUUUUUUUACCAACAUUAGAAUAGUGAAUAAAAGAGGAGUCAGUGAAAUGGGAAAAGUGAUGUCAUCAUAAAGUUAGAGGAACAGUUUUUACCCAGCAGGCCUCAGUGGGACAACUGUAAAAGGGAAGAGUCGACGCGUCACUGUUCACUGAAGCUGAAUGAGUUGUUCAUAUUAUUGUAAUCUGUGACAUUUUACUCUGAAUAAACGUGAACUUUCUAAUAAACA